UGCGUCUUCCCUGGACUGCCCCGCCUUCUUCCUCUGUCGCGCAUGCGCCGCAGCUCCGCGUGGACGCGCUCUUUCUGACCUGGUGCGGGCGGCAUGUGGCCGCUUCUCGCGCUGCUCCUGAGGCAGUUGCUGGCCGCGGGGCUGGAACCGCCAGCGGGGAACGCGUCCGGCCUGCCGUGCAGCCCCCGCGGGGAGCGGUGCUGGAGCCCCAGGCACGCCCGCAGCCUGCCCCCGGAGCGGUUCUGCGAUGGCCGCCCGGACUGCCCGGACCGCGCGGAUGAAUCAGCCCAGGCUUGUGAGCACCCGGGAGCCCCGCCGGCCCCCGCCUGCCCCUGCCUGUUCCAGUGCGCGGAGGGGGCCGAGUGCUUCCCAUCCGCCUGGGGCUGCGACGGCCACGCGGACUGUGAGGACGGGCAGGACGAGCGGGAGUGCGGCCCCGACUCCCCUGGCACUGCCCCAGCGCCGAGCACUGCCCGGACAGAGAAUCCAGCGAUCUCCAAACCUGGGAAACCUGUGUUGUCUGAGAUGCGAGGCCCCUUGUGGGUGACAGCUGCUUUUGUGCUCCUGAGUGUGCUGGUGGCUGCAGGCUGCACUGUUAGAUGGGGCCAGUUCAGAGGAGAGAACAACUUCUCCACCUUCAGCCUCGAGAAAGCUUCCAAGGAGCAGCUAGUUCCGGACAGGAGACCUUCGGACUCGUUCCCUUGAUGGGAAGUUGCGGUGCUGUGAGAUGGGACCCAAUGCAGUGGUCCUCAUCACACUCCCUCCAAAUGCUGAUUGCACAAUUUCUGGGUCAAGUUUUCUGGGGUUUGACUGGGUGACAAUCACACUGGAAUAAUCAAGGACUCUUCCUUUGGCACAGGGAGUUUAGAUUGUGGGAUUAUAGUGGCAAUGGGGAAUCAGAAAUGAUUGUCACUCGUGCUCUAAAAUCAACCCUACAAGAAUGUGAUGGAAACGCUUGGAAUGUCACAACGGGUCAUCCAUUUCCCCCAUUGUAGACACAACUCCUCCCCCCCGUGGGUUAUUCCACAAGUCACUUCUUGCUGGAAUAGCUCUGGCCAGUGCACUAUGUAGCCUCUGCAGUACAUCUGGCUGCUCUCCCUUCCAUGUCCUCCCAAGAGUCCAAAACUACCUCUCCCUACCAUGCUGUAUCUUGCCUGUAAGCACAGCUGUUUGCUCCUGUUCCAGGGCAGGCUGUUCCAUUCUGCACACAUGUGAAGGGCCGAGCUGAGAGUGACAUGGGUAUAUAAUCUAUAUCCCCGAGGAUACUGCUCAUAUUUCUAAGCCAUGAGCUCAAAUGUCAUGUACCAGAAGCUCUUAAAACUUCAUUGACUGCAGGAGAACUGUCAAGGAGAUGGAAAAAUGGAGUCUCCUGUGUGCUUCGCUUUGCAUUGGGUCACGGGCAGUGCAGCGGCCCCUAGGCACAGCACAGGCCAUUCAGGACCUGAGUGCCCUCAACUCCCAGUGCACUCAAUGUAGGAGGUGCACUAAGCUCCUUGCAGGAUUGGGCCCAGAGUUUCCACUUUGACACUGAAAUCCCUGGACGUUGCAUCCUCCGUGCAGUCAGAAGAGUUUGUUAGCAGAUGUUUUAAGUUUUGACAAACAUCUGGAGCCAGCUUUGCUCUUCUUUGCUUUUACCUGUGAGUAGUCUUGGUCUCAAAGGUCAGCUAGUAGCUGUGCCUCCAUUUCAGAUCUUGGUCGGUACAUUUUUUCAUGGACUGUUAUUAAAGAAGUGUAAAACACUGGACCUGUUCCCUCUACAGUACUAGUGUAGAAACCUGGUGCUGGUGGAGGGCGAACACUCUCUUGUCCCUUUAAUCCAUUUUUGACAUUCAAGACCUAUUCUAUUUUUUGCACAGAUGCUUGCUCAAUACACGCACAGAUGGUAGAAGCUUGCUGCCCUGUUGGCUGAAUGUGGUGCCUUACAGGUGAUGCUUCUGCUUGCAGGCAUACACUCCACCCAGCAGCCUCAGAGGGCAGGACUCCUUGGGGGUUUGUAUAGUGAGUACAUGUGCAUAUGUAAUAUGAGAGAGUUUGUAGGAGGUAUGACAUAUUUAGGAUCUUGGCUCUUCCCAGCACUGGAAUAGAGCACUAGCGUGAGGCUGAACCCCUGAGGGCUCAGUGUGCUGCAUUCUGGACAAUGGACAAAGAACCACCGUUGGCAAUUGGGUGGGUGCUGAAUGACCAUGGGCGAAUUAAAGAUCUUUAGAAAACUU